UGACGUCACACGCAAAGCGGGCGGUGGGCAUGUUUGGCGAAGAUGGCGGAGUUGCAGUCGACGGGUGUGGGAGAGGAGAAAGAAAACGAGAAGGAGGAGGACGGCGAGAAGGAGAAGUACGGUGCAAAGUCCGAGAAGAGCAAAGAGAAGGACGGAGUUACGGAGACGUUGGGAUUCAGCGAUAAAAAUGACAGUAGAAAGGGCAAGAGACGCGACCUGUCAGACCUUUCUCUGAUCAGGUUCAUAACUGCUGAGCUCACCAGAGGCUACUUCCUGGAACACAAUGAGGCCAAAUACACAGAGCGCAGAGAAAGGGUCUACACCUGCCUCCGUAUCCCCAAAGAGCUGGAGAAGUUGAUGACAUUUGGCUUUUUCCUGUGUCUGGAUGCCUUUCUCUAUGUGUUCACCCUGUUACCCCUCAGGGUGCUGCUGGCCCUCUUAAGACUCCUCACAGUGCCGUGCUGUGGUCUCCGUGGCUCAUGCCUGUUGCAGCCUGCACAGGUGUGUGAUAUGCUGAAAGGCUUCAUUAUGGUGCUGUGUUAUUCUAUGAUGAGCUAUGUGGAUUACUCCAUGAUGUACCACCUGAUCAGAGGACAAUCCGUCAUCAAACUGUAUAUCAUCUACAACAUGUUAGAGGUGGCAGACCGCCUCUUCUCCUCAUUUGGCCAGGACAUCUUGGACGCUCUGUACUGGACAGCCACAGAACCUAAAGAGAAGAAGCGAGCGCACAUAGGUGUGAUUCCUCACUUCUUCAUGGCUGUGCUUUAUGUCUUGUUGCACUCUGUAAUUGUGAUCGUUCAGGCCACCACUCUGAACGUGGCCUUCAACUCCCACAAGUCCCUCCUCACCAUCAUGAUGUCAAACAAUUUUGUGGAGAUAAAAGGAAGUGUGUUCAAGAUUGAAAAGAACAAUCUCUUCCAGAUGUCAAAUAGCGGUGAGUUGAUAUAAAAGAGGUUCACCAACUACAUCCUCCUGCUCAUUGUCUGUCUGAGAAACAUGGAGCAGUUCUCGUGGAACCCUGACCAUUUAUGGGUGCUUUUCCCUGAUGUUGUGAUGGUGAUGGCUUCAGAGAUUGCUGUGGACAUUGUCAAACACGCCUUCAUCACAAAAUUUAAUGAUAUCAGUGCUGACGUUUAUGGGGAAUACAGAGCCAGUCUGGCUUUUGACCUCGUCAGCAGCCGACAGAAGAAUGCUUACACAGACUACAGCGACUCUGUGUCCAGAAGAAUGGGGUUCAUCCCUCUUCCUUUAGCUCUACUGUUGAUCAAAGUGGUGACCAGCUCAGUGAAAAUUCAGGGUUCGCUCUCCUUUAUGUGUGUGCUGCUGUUCUACUUUGGAAUGAUCACACUUAAGGUGCUCAACAGUAUUGUUUUGCUGGGAACGUCUUGCGCAUUUGUCAGAGAGGCCAACAUGGAAGAAAAACUCUUUGAUCCUCCACCAUCCGCCGCCUCCAGUCGCGUAAACUCGAGAGUUCACCGGACCAAACACAACUCACCAAUGCAGGAAGGAGCUGACAAAGGAGGAACGUCCACGGCGUCUGUCAGCUCUGAGCCUCCAGCAGCACCUCCGAGCUCCGCCCCCACCCUGCCCAAAAGCGACUCUGACAUUUUUCUAACGACACCUGAUGAGGAAGACGACGAGAAAAUCAUUGCUAAAGCUGACACAGAUUGGACCGCAGGUGGACUCAAACACAGAGUGCCCAAAAAAGACUUGCUUGAGAUAGACCGCUUCACCAUCUGUGGCAAUCGAAUAGACUGAAGGCCACAGAAACAAACAGCAUCCUGGCAGGAUAGCCAGGUUCAGGGAUCAGCCACGGGUCAGGGAGCACAAUCAGAGCCGAUUUGUUCCUGUGCCUAUGACCCUGGGAAUAUUUAUUUAUUUAUUACUGACAUAACCAGCCAAGGUGUAAAGCUGUUUCUACUACAGACAUCAUGAACCACUUCAGACCAGCUGCUCCGGUUCUGUUCCUGUCAGCUGAGUCGACUCUGAGACCGGGUCGUGGUCAGUGAGGUAACCUGCAGUCGUGCGCAGUGACAGUGACGGAGAGUACCUGGGACCAGAAGAACACAGUGAAAAGUGUAUGUGGGGAAUUGUACAAACAGCUGGACUGUGAGAAAAUGUGUUCAAAAGCACAAUCGUAUCAGCUGCAGUGGGGCUGGUGGAGUUGUUCUGAGGAAGAACUAUUUUUCAGAAACAAGCGAAGUUUUCAAAUUACUGAAAAUUUGUGUGUUUUUUUAAGAUUAUGGCUUCGCUUUUUUAAUAAUUGGCCUUGGUUAACUGCAGGAUUACUUCUCAUCACAUUUGUUGAAGUCUGAUGUUCUGCAGGUGCACACAAAACACAUCCUCCUUAGGUUUUGUGAUAUGUUGAAACACAACUAAGUCCUAAUAGAUUGCUGUCUUACUUUACAAAGUUCAAUCACAAGAACAUCCUUAUAAAUAAGGGUAAAAGUUUUAGUGACAUUUUAUUUUAAAUUGGAGUACAAGCUGAAGACCUUUAGGAAGAAAGUGAUGAUUUGUGACAAGUUUCUUAGCUGUGGACUUCAUGUGUGUCUUCACCAUGAUGAUAAUGGUGAUACUAAUGAUAACAGCUUUCUAGUUUUUAUUAUUAUUAUUAUUAUUAUUAUUAUUUGGUUAGUAUAAACCAGCCUGAAAAGACGCACUGACUGUAAACCCGCUUGGUGCUUUUAGAUUGAUGGUGUGUGUGAUGGUGCAGCCAGCAUCAUCUUAGAAUCUUUUAUUUUAUUUUUGUAUUAAUUCUUUACCAUUCCAAGUACGGUAAAAGUGACAUGGGGGCAAAAAUGACUAAAGAUGAGAAGGCAGAUAAAAUAAGUUCUUUGUCUCCACGACAGCCAACACGCCCAUAAUGUCGAUCUACCUCUAAAUAGUGCGCAGCAAUUGUUGCCAACAUGAAUUUGCUGUAACAUUAGCAUUUUAAAAAUAAUUUGCAAGAAAGUUGAAAGCAUAUUGUCCUAAAUUGAAGCUGCUGGCAUUGUUCUGAUUUUGUGAACUCUUGGUAUCACUAUGGGAACAGGAUUGUCCAAAUAUUAACAGUAAGCAUAUGCCAGUGUUUUAGAAGUUCGGGGUAUUAGCACUUUAUGCAAUAUUGAAAUAAAAUUGUAUAUGUGCAGAAUGGUGUUUUCUGUCCAGAUGAAGCACAACUUUGGCAUAAAAUUUCAGAUCAUUUGAAUAUCUUAAAAUGAAGUGGUGCAUGUUUCUAAAAACUGAUCCCAGUGAUGUCACUUUUUUUGGGGGGGGGGGGGGGGUUCAUUUUUUGAUAAAUUAGUCACGGAUCCAGCAGAUACUCAUAUGCAAAACCUGCUUGUUUGGGUUAUUUACAUAGUUGACCCGAUUUGUUGUUUUUGACAACAUUCUGAGCAAUCUUAAUAGUGUUGCACUUAUGUGUGUAAAUAGCUUUUUGCCUGGUUUUAAUAGAAGUGUACUUCUGUAAAAUAUCACUCAACCAUAGCAAGAGGUAAACAAAUGCUAGUGUACAUAUAACACCAAAAUAUACAAAAUCCCAAAAAGUCCAAACUUUAAAAUACUCCGAACUUAGGAAUAUAUGGCAUAUACUAAAAGCUGGAGCUUAUUCAACCAAUCGGUAUGUCACUCAAUUUCACCUACAGUUGUAACCUGCGCACCUUAAAGGAGAACUCGGAUUUUUCUUCCUAGACUGCAUUUUAUUUUUAGAAGUUUUAUUAUUUUUAAUUUAUUUCUUUUGGGGGGGGUCAUCUUUUACUUUGGACAAAAACAAAAUUGGUGCAUUGUUGAUUUUAAACACAAAUACUGUUGUAGGCUAACCAGCCUGUUCUUGACUGAAACACUCUGAGCAAACCAUUUCUGAUCAAAGCGCCACAGCAGUUAUGUCUCCAGUUAUGAGGAGAUUUUGAUGGCUGUCAGCUUGUUUGGUUGUGUGGAAAUUAUUAGAAGUUUCCAGUAGCACAGAGAUGGUCCCUGUGAAAGUAAAUGUACAUUUUUGCCUCACUACAUGUAAAACUUUUUAAAAAUGACUGAUUAUACAAUUAGCCAUUUACUGUACCCUAGCAGUUCCCAGAAUUAGGGGAUCAUUCUGUAAGAUUCAGUCCCUCAUUGACAGUCGAAUUGUAAUCAGCCUUCAAAAUGUCUGAAUGUGGAGCCCCAGUUGAAAAACAUUGAACUUUCUCUAACGCUAAGAUGAUUAUUUGCCGUUUGUAUUACCUGGGAACUGGGUAGUCAAACAGGCGCUCAUUCACGCUAAAUAUACAUUUAAACACUGCUGUUGAAAAGAAGGCUUAAAUGUUGGAUAUACUGUAUGUUAUCAUCAGUUUCUUCAAAUUACAUUAAUGUUAAAAAAAAAAUUGAGAAUGCCGAUUAACUUUUGCCACUGGCUUUUUAUUUUAUUUUUUGCCAGAUAGCUAGCUAAGUUAGAUACUGUUAGCCUCGUGAGGGGACUUGAUGUUUCACACUCUUUAAAUUGUCAUGUAUUGUCUCAAUACAGGUUUAUGGAAAAGCACUUUCUAUGGGUUAUGUAUGUACCAAAUGGAAAAAAGGUUAAAUAAGUGCUGUUACUAAUGCUGCAACAGACCACGCCCUAAUGAUGUAUUAAUUAAAUUGGGGGAUUUUCUGUUGAAGGACUAACAAUUUUCCAUUUGUAAUUAUAACUUCAGGGAUUUUUUUUAAAAAAUCUUGCCCCGCCCCCGUUGUUUUUUCCUUUUAAAGAAGUCAAGAAUGCGUUAAAAUGAAGUUGGCCCAUAGAUUUUUAAAAGAAUUGGGAUCCCGCUUUUAUCGUCCAAGGCAACACUUCUUCAUGUGAUGCGACUGAAAGAAAAGUGGACUCGGUCUACGGAGAGAAAAGUCUAUAAUGAGGCAAAUAACUCCACUUUUGUUGGUGAAGGACCCACCAUCCUAGCAUUGUGAUAAUGUGUGUGUGUGUGUGUGUGUGUGCGUGCGAACAUGUUUGUGCAUUGAUGGAUACUGUAUGUAGUAAGCAUAGUUCUGUUUUUAUCUAGGUCUGGAUUAUCUUUCAUGUGUAAGAUGUCUCUCCUGUGAAAGGAGAAUAAAGGUUUUUUUGUUUUGUAACACUUUUCUGUGAUGGGCUUUUUCUUUCUGCCAGUGAAAAGAGUCAGUGCAGCCGCUGUUCAUCCAGCGAACACUGCAGGCUACUGUUCCCCCUCUGAAUGAACAUUUGGAAAGACUAUCUGUCAUCACA